UAUCCGCUUAGCUGGUCUUAUAACGAUACCACAUGUUCUUGGAAGAGCGCCGCGCCGUAUGCGUCCUGCAUGACACGAGAGACGUCUCCGGUAGACUUCGAGAAAAUCGUCCGAAGAUCUGCUCAGCUGCACGUGACCAAGUGCUUUGGCCCCACUUUUCAAGCCGAUCCGAUUUCCAGGCCGAUUCUCGUCAUCAGUGGAAAAGCAAAGAGAAGCCAAAGCAUACCACAUCCUCAGUCCUCGGGCCCUAUCUCUAGGUAUCUGCCGUCAUCACAGACUGUGCACUGAGUCUCGCCAGUGUCAUAGUGAAGCGAAGUGUUCCUUGCUGGUGCAUCAGACAACCAGCAUCAGUCCCGAAGUCGUCGCACUGCAGUGCGAGAAUGUCCCAGAUGCUUGCUCCGUCCAUUCCUAUAAUAUCAACCGCGUGCGUUUUCAUCGAUUCAUCAUUUCGGCCUCGCACAGAGAAGUCAUGAGUCCCACCAAAGAAGAUGAAACACCUGGAACCUCACAGUCGAACUUUGUCUGGGUCGACUCGAGCUCGCUCCAUCGUGAAAAGCCGCAGGCGAUAAAGAAAGUGAUCUGGUCGCGAGCUGCUGCACAUAGCCAUAAAGUCGCACCUCGAACACGCAAGAAGCCCGAGAAGUCAAAGACAAACAAAACGACAACGAAGACGACAACCAAAGUCCAGAGCAAGACUGUCAAGGGGAUAAAUAAGCCCCGUGUCAAAUCAAGUGGCACGUCAAACCCAAAGGAUCGCUACAAGACUACUGAUGCAAGUUCCGAAAAGAGGAAAGCUCAAGUCGGCGAGCUGUUGGUUAGGCAGCCGUUACCAUUACCGCUUCUGAUGAAUGCCAGUGCGAGAGAUCCAUUUGCGUACACGCCAGCCAUCCAAUCGCGGCGUGAGUGGCUUACAGAUUUUUGGUAUAAUCAUGUUAUACCGAAGAGUAGCCACCCGAUUAAGGUUCCUAUGGAACAGCUUUCGGUAUACGUUCGAUGGUGUAGGCAACUGGACCUUACAGAACCAGCACUGUAUUACUCUUCUCUGUUCAUGGCUUCUGGGAUCCCCGUGGCAGAGGGCAAAUUGCCAGUUUCUGAAGCACUCUACUUCAGGUCACUUGCUGUUCACUCUUUGAAUGAAGCUUUGAACGACCCUGAUCGUCGCUGUAGUACAGCUGUCAUCCUUGCCGUGGGACAGCUGGCCGUGCAUGAGCAUGUAUAUGGAGACAGACAGCUCGCCCAGAGAGUCCACCAUGAUGCACAUCGAAAGAUGAUACUAAUGCGAGGUGGGAUAGAGGCCUUACAAAUGCCUCCAGCGGCCGUGCAGCUUUUCCGAUGGGGCCACGCUCUUCUGAUGACCCCACUUGAUGAUCUAUUUGGAAACUCAGUGAAGAAUUUGCCCCAAUAUAGCAUCCAAGAAGCACUCAGUGUAGUUGAGCAUUGUUCCCCGAGACGGAGCAACCACCCAGGCUACGGCUCGGGGAAAUGAGCGGUCUGCCAGACAUAAGACGUAGUGAGAGUGUUGAUGGGGUUUGACUUGUGUUGCAAAACGUUCUCGAGAGAUUGAUCGCAUAGCUCAUCGAGCUUGUUUGUUAUUACAGAAGUGAACCGAGCGGCAAGAAAACUUGAUCAUCUACACUAUUCGUGUGUAGACAUUGACUCAUACCGUCAUAUGACUAUUCCGGUAGUCUCUUCGAAAGAAAAAGUCCAGGUAGCAAUAAGAAGAAGUAAAGUGAGAGAGAACCCUUGCAUUUUAUACUCAGUUUAUACUGAUGCUGUUCUGUCUUUGGUGCAGAUCAUUCCUUCUUGUGGGCAAUGCAAACAUUCCGCUGCGCACGAAGAAUGACGCUUAUACUCGCACGGGCC